UUUGCGGGAGACGGACGUGAGAAGGCAACGAAACAGUUUGUUCACAUUUUUCAUGGGUAAGUCAAGUGUUUGAUGUGGGUGAUAAACGACAGGAUGAUUUCAUUCAUUCCCCUGUUAGGUUUUAGCGACGCUUAGCGUUGGUUUGUUAUUUUAGUUUGUUAUUUUUGUGCAGACUCCUGGGCUGAGUACACUGCCGUGGUUUGGGAAUUGGGCAGAAUUGCUUAGUUCACUACCAGCGGUAUUUUAGUGUUUAAAGGCGCUCGGCUCUGGGGAGUUGCAUGAAGAUUAGGUUUAGAAAUAUAGGGGUUGGUGGUACUUAGGAAGGGGAAUGCGUGAAUGAAUGUUCAUCCGUUUUUGAUCACUUUAAAAAAAAAAAAAAAAAGAAAAUAUAUAUAAAUAUAUAUUUUUUUUAUUUACCUAUGAAUUUGUGAAUUAGUAACUUUGAAUUAGAAAUAUGGCAUCCAUCGAAAGCUUUAUUAAAUCUCCGUCGGAGGCUUUGUUAAAUGUGCUUUCUAAAGGACAAUUGUGGGAACUUGUGGAACAUUAUGGUAUUGGAGAUGUGGAUAAACGGUUAAAAAAGAAUGAGUUAAAAACAGUUUUGAAAGUAAAGUUGAGUGAGGAAGAAAUUUUGUCCGUUGCGAAUGAAGAGGUUAUUGAGGAGAAAGAAUCGGUGGACCUUUUUUCAGGUUUAUCUUUUGAACAGAAAAAAGAGAUCCUUAAGAUGCAGCAAAUGCAUAGUCGAGAGAUGGCUAAUGUAGUUAAGGAACGCGAACUUGAAUUGAAAAGGUUGAAAAUGGACGAUUUGCUUAAAAAACGCGAAAUAGAAUUAUUGCAGCUCAAACAUUCGCAACAGCUGGAAUCUGAGAAGCUGUCGCGAGAUUUUGAGUUGCAAGUUCAGCGGUUAAAAUUAAUCGGUGAAGGUAAAAUGCCAUUUGAAGGUGUACCAUCACAGGAAAGAGUAUCGCGUUCAUUUGAUGUGGUAGGGAAUUUAAAAUUGCUUCCUAAGUUUAAUGAACGUGAUCCCGAUGUUUUUUUCUCGUUGUUUGAGAGUAUUGCGGAGGAACGUAACUGGCCUAUUGCUGAUCGAGUAGUGAUGCUUCAAAGUGUAAUUACCGGUAGAGCACAAGAGGCCUAUAUGGCGCUUACGGUGGAAGAUCGAAAAGACUAUGACAAGGUUAAGUCUACUAUUCUGAGAGUGUAUGAGUUGGUUCCAGAAGCGUACCGUCAGCGUUUUAGGAGUUGGCGAAGAGGAGAACGUCAGACUCAUGUUGAAGUGGGGAGAGAGCUGACUGCGCAUUUUGAUCGGUGGUGCGCUGCAUCAAAUUGCCCCCUGAGGAGGUGGAGAGCGUGGCAACCGGCUACUUUGUUCAGGAGGAGUUGCUGUUGAGGAAAUGGAGUCAUCAAAGUGAGGAUUUAGGCAGUAAGGCAAUAAUUCAGGUAGUGGUGCCGGAUCAGUAUAAGGAGGUGGUAUUAAGGGCUGCCCAUGGGGAUGUUGCAGGCCAUUUGGGCGUGAAAAAGACUUAUCACCGUAUUUUGUUGCAAUAUUAUUGGCCUCUUCUUAAAAAAGGAUGUAGCAACAUUUAUUAAAACUUGUCACACUUGCCAGAUGGUUGGUAAACCCAAUCAGGUUUUAAAACCCGUGCCGUUGUGUCCGAUAUCGGUAACAAGUCAACCUUUCGAACACAUAAUGAUUGACUGUGUGGGACCGUUGCCUCCGUCUAAAUCGGGUAACUCGUAUUUGCUUACAGUUAUGUGUCAAACAACUCGUUAUCCCGCGGCAUAUCCCUUGCGUAAGAUCACCGCUAAAGCUGUCGUUAAGGCUUUGACGCAUUUCAUUUCUAUUUUUGGAAUACCCAGGAUUGUUCAGAGCGAUCGAGGGACCAAUUUUAUGUCUGGAAUGUUUGCGGAGGUUUUGAGGCAGCUUGGGGUGAAGCAUAACCAGUCAAGUGCACGACAUCCUCAGAGUCAAGGGGCAUUGGAGCGUUUCCACCAGUCUCUGAAGUCGCUAUUGCGCGCAUACUGUGUUGAACUAAAUUGGGAUUGGGAGGAUGGGCUGCCUUGGCUAAUGCUCGCUGCUAGGGAGGUGACACAGGAGAGUUUGGGUUUUAGUCCAAACGAAUUGGUGUUUGGUCACACGGUGCGGGGACCACUUACAGUUUUGCAAGAUGAGUUGAAGGGUGAAGAACCACCUAAAAAAUUGUCCGACUAUGUUAGUGGGUUCCGGAGGCGUUUGUUUCUUGCAGGACAGAAAGCGCAGAAACGUCUUGGGAAGGCGCAAAUUAAAAUGAAAAGAUUGUUUGAUCGCCAUACGGAAUGUCGUGUUUUUAGUCCGGGCGAUCAAGUAUUAGUGUUGCUGCCUUACCCAAGAUCUCCGUUUUGUGCGAAAUUUUCUGGUCCUUAUACCGUAGUACGGAGAGUUUCGGAACAGGAUUACAUCAUUGCUACUCCUGAUCGGAAAAAAUUAAAGCAACUUUGUCAUGCUAAUCUGCUGAAACCAUAUUUCUCUCGUAGCUCUGAGGUAAACAUAAGUCCUGUGUCUGUUGCCCCCAGAGUACUUGAGGACUCUCAUUUGACUG